CAAUCUCUCUCUGUGUCGUUGAACUCGAUAGGCGGCGUCGACGAGUUCGUCCUGCCCUUCAUUUCUGUGUUGUUUCGGUUUUCGCGUUAUCGGUCUCGGUGCCGGAGUUCGUUCCGCGAGCUCUACUGCUGUAAAGUUUCGAUUUUUUUGUCGCUCUGUUUUUUGGGUCGAGGAGAAUUCGCUGUGCUUUGGCUCUGCGGAUUGGCCGUUCUCAUGUGCCGUCAUCGCGUGUGCGAUUUCCGUUUGAUUCGAGCUCUGAAUUCUUCUCGUUUGCCGCGUUUCUGCCCGACAUCAAUCUCUGUUCACCGUGAAUUCUUGAUGGAACUGACAUUGGAACAUCGCUAGUCUGGUUGAAUUUGAAUGUGUCGGGAGUGUUCAUUCAGUGUAUUUACGGUGUACAGUGAAAUUGUGUGUGUGUGUGUGUAGGAAUAGGAUUGAGGGCCAUCAUGUGCUUGAGUGUUGUGCUCGGUGGAUGUGUUUUUUGCAAUCAUGAAGUUGAUCAUUUGACAGCAGUGCUGUGGUCUGUCGUGUGUGUGAGGCUUGUGCUUUGUGCACAUGGGCGGUGAACACUGAAAAUCGUUGAGUUAUUAGAAUUGAGCUUUAUUCUCUGUCUUUCUAUCGUUGCCCAUCGGUGGGUGCUCAAGUGCAGAUAUGCGCGCAUGGUGUCUCACGUCGUUUUACGCAUGCACCUUCAUUCAGGGUGUUUCCUUUCUUCUAAUGCCUUGAAUGGCAUCUGUAGUUUUGCAAUCCUGUGGUUGUCUCUGUCUCGAGAUGACCGAUUAGACGUUUGCCGUCAAGCUUGGUUCCUUUGCAUACAAUAGAAUGUGCUUCUGAAUGGGUUGGCUUGGCUUAUUUAGAUCUUCACCUUCUACUUCAUCCAAUGAAGAGGGGCAAUCUCAAAGUGCAAAUACUGGUUUUUUUUUUUUUUGGUUACAUGAUAUAUAUUCAAUAGAAAUUUCUAACAGGAUGGGGACAGUAAAGAAUAGGGACACCUACCUUGGAAACACAUCUUUUUCUCCAAUUAUCCCAACUGGUGUUUUAGCUCACAGAAACUUGGGGAAGAAUAAUCUUGGUGGUGUAAUCUUUGGUUGCAAGGACAACACUAUGAAGGAAUGCCUAUCCAAACAACUAUUUGGCUUGCCAUCUUCACACAUUGCUUAUGUCAACCAUAUUGAACCUGGCUUGCCACUAUUUUUAUUCAACUACUCAGACAGAAAACUUCAUGGAAUUUUUGAGGCUGCAAGCCGUGGUCAGAUGAAUAUCGAUCCUUAUUGUUGGAGCACUGAUGUUUUAGAGAAGACUCCAUAUCCAGCACAGGUUCAAAUUCGUAUCAGGAUGCAAUGCCAACCGCUGCCGGAAGAUCAGUUCAAGCGAAUAAUUGCGGACAACUACCAUACAUGCAACCAUUUUUGGUUUGAAUUGGACCAUGCUCAAACAAGUAAAUUGAUAUCCCUAUUUGCAUCUUUAGCGAUCGCUCCAUCAGUUCCCCAGUAUAUAGUCCAGAAGAGAACAAUUUCACAACCUCUUCUCUCUGAGGAAACAAGAGGAGAAUGGGAAAAAAUGAAGCCUUUUACUUCAAUGGAAGAAAAACUCGAGCACUCAAGUGGGAGAUCUGAUUCUGCAGAUCCUUCACUUGCUAUUGAAGUAGAUGAUCAGCUAUUUGAAGGUUGUGCAAGUAUGAAGCUAGAUGGAGGAGAUGAGAGGGAUUCAAUAAUUGCGCAACUGAAAGAAUUGGCUCUUAGCCGGGAAUAUAAUGAUUUACAUUCGAAUCAUUGUUCAGAAGGUAGUUCUAGCACUGAGGGCAUAAAAUCCGAAGAAAACAGCUUUGUCGAGGCACCUGUGGACCUAGAAGAGAAGAAAUUACAGGAUUUUCAUUCCUCUGUGGACCUAGAAGAGAAGAAAUUACAGGAUAUUCAUUCCUCUUCUGAUUAUCAUCUUAUCAUUCCCCAGUUGAUUCGAGAAUUGGGAGAGCUCAAGGACUUUAAGAUGGAACAAACUCAAAAGAUGAUUGAUUUGGAGCAGAAGCUGGUUUGGGCAGAAAACGAAAUUUGUUAUCUGAGAGAUCACUGUAAUUUGUUGGAUUCUUUGUUGAAAUCUUCAUCGCAUGAUGCUGUUCCUGAGGAAAUCCAAUCUUCUGAGGAACUGGAUCUUGAUCUUAAGGAUUCCAUCAUUAUUGUUGGAGGAUACGAUGGUUCAUCAUGGUUAUCUGCAGUAUAUUCCUAUUUCCCUUCUCACAAUGUAGUAAAAUCUCUUGCGCCGAUGAACUUUGUCCGUGCAUAUGCAUCUGUUGCAAAGUUUAAAGAAGAGCUCUUUGUGUUUGGCGGUGGAGAUGGGGAAUCCUGGCAUGAUGCAGUCGAAUCAUACAGUUUGGCUGAAAAUAAGUGGACCGUUCAACCAUCAUUGAAUGCUAAAAAAGGAAGUUUGGCUGGAGCAGUGGUAAGGGAAAAAAUCUUUGCUCUUGGAGGUGGGAAUGGACACGAUUGCUUUUCAGAUGUUGAGAUGCUUGACUUUGACAUCGGCAAGUGGAUCUGCGCACGGUCAAUGCUACAAAAGCGAUUUGCUCUUGCUGCAGUGGAGCUUAAUGGGGCAAUAUAUGCUACUGGUGGCUAUGAUGGCAAUAAUUAUCUUAAUUCGGCUGAAAGAUUUGACCCAAGAGAACAUUCUUGGUCCAAAAUUGGAAGCUUGACCACAAAGAGGGGCUGCCAUUCACUGGUCUCACUGAAUGAAAAACUAUAUGCCUUGGGUGGUUUCGAUGGAAAUUCAAUGGUUGCGAGUGUUGAAGUGUAUGAUCCGCGCCUGGAUUGUUGGAUGGCCGGGGAACUGAUGAAUUGCGCUAGAGGGUAUUCUGCUGCUGCCGUCCUUUGUGAGUCGAUAUAUGUGAUUGGAGGUGUAAAAGCUGAUGAAGGCAUCGUAGACAUAGUUGAAUGUUUCAAGGAGGGCCAGAGUUGGUGCAAAACGUCUGUUAGAGGCAUUGGGCAAAGGUGUUUCUUGUCUGCCAUUGUCCCGUGAGAGAAGCUGCUUUUAUCAGAAAUGUUUCUGUAUUUUUUGACAGUUGUUGCAGAUAUCUUUUGACGCAUGAAGUUGAUCGGUGUUUGAGAGAAACGUUCUGUUUAUAGUUCAAAACUAGCGGGGAACAGAGAAAGUUGCAUCGGAAUGUACAGAUGAACUCGAGCUUGCUAAUAUCACGAGGGGCAUUCUUUUGUUU